GCAUUGUGUGUGUGGCUGUAAUGGUACGUGCAUGGUACUGUGUGACUGUGCAUACAGAGCUUUCUGCCUGCUUGGUCGUCUUAGAGCAGUAAGUGUCUGUCAUCACAGAGCAGUCUCUCCUUCACUCCCACUCUCUCUCUGGGCUUCCCUCUCUCUGCCUUCAGCUGCAUUCUCUGUCCUUUUCGCUCUCUCUCUCAUGCUCCUUGUCAUUUGUGUACGGUGUCAGGCUGCAAGUGUAUCCCUCUGUUGCUCUUUUUCAUUAUCCUCCUCUCUCCCUCCUUUCUUUAUCUCUCCUCUCACCCCAAGGGAACAGCGGUUGAAGCAGCAUCAAGCUCUGUCCUCCCCUGGCAUCAUCAGGGUUUUAUUGUGAGGGGGUUCAAUGCCUAGUGUACACUGUGGGGGUCCUGCUCAUCUCUCCCUCUGCCUCCCUGCGUUUCUCCUAUUUGCUUCCAAGGGUCUUCAGGCCCCCAUCCUCAAAGGGCUGGCUGCCUCCUGUGUUUCAUCAGAGCUGUAUCCCGCACAGAGUGACCCAUGUAAAGUGAUCCACUCCAGGGCACAGUGUGAGUGAGGGCAGGAUGCGUGCGCUACGAAAACGUUUUCCCCACAGAUGGGCACACGGAAUGUUCCUUGUUUGCUGGUUAUCUAUGUGUGCUGCCUCUACCCUCCUCUCCUGCCCCUCUUCUUGUAAGUGCAACACCAGCAGCCUGGAGGUGGACUGCAGUGGCCGUGGACUAACCUCUGUACCAGCUGAUAUACCCCAAGACACUCGGACCCUUUUGCUGCUCAAUAACCGUCUCAGUUCUCUACCGGGUGGGACAUUUUCAAACUUAAGCUCCUUGCACCGCUUGGACCUCUCCAACAACUUCCUAGACCAGUUACCAUCACAGCUCUUUGGGGACCUAGUAAAUCUUACAGAAAUACGUUUGAGAAAUAACAGUAUACGUGUCCUGGACCGUGAUUUCCUGCAAGGACUACCCCUUUUACGCAGGUUGGACUUGUCUCUUAAUGGUCUCUCCCAAUUGCCUCCUGGACUUUUUGAUGACCUUCCAAUGCUCCACUGGUUAUCCUUAAGUUCCAACCGUCUACAGAGCUUGGAACGUAUUACUUUUGAGCCUUUAAGUAGCCUGGAGAAUAUACAGCUGGGGGACAAUCCCUGGGAGUGUGACUGCAAGCUACGAGACUUCAAGCACUGGAUGGAAUGGUUUUCCUACAGAGGGGGUAAAAUAGAUGAACUACAAUGCACUCUACCCAAGGAACUUCGUGGCAGAGAUAUACGCAUGGUGCCAGUAGAGAUGUUUAACUACUGCUCCCAAUUGGAGGAUGAAAACAGUUCUGGUCCAGGUGAUAGGCAAGCUCCACCUUGCACUAAGGGAAGUCUAGCUCCUCUGGAACCAGAGCCCAGUCCAGACUGCCCGCAAAAGCAGAGAUAUCGUCCAGCAAGUGUUCGACGUGCUAUUGGCACAGUGAUAAUUGCAGGCGUUGUAUGUGGCGUGGUCUGUAUAAUGAUGGUGGUUGCAGCUGCGUAUGGCUGCAUAUAUGCCUCGCUUAUGGCCAAAUACCACCGGGAGCUUAAAAAGAGACAGCCCUUGAUGGGGGACACUGAAGGUGAACAAGAGGAACAAAGGCAAAUCUCCUCUGUUGCAUAAGGACAAACUCUCGUUAUUUCCCUCAUUAUGGAGUGGAUGUUACAGUGCCCCUUCUGCAUAACAUACAGGGUGCCCUACACUGCACACCCCUCUAGUGACAGCAGUCAUAGGAUCAAAUAUGUAACCUAUUUAGCAACAGCUACUCGAGUUGCAAUAACCAAAAGCACUUAACCAUUGAACACCCUCUCAAGCAUCUUCAGAGUUUGCUGCACAAUUAAGCUGUCAAUGCAGGAGUAUAUAUAAAUUACAGAACACCAGUAAAUUAAUAAAGACUUGUAAUUACCAGAGUAAAAGUAUUUUCCUAGUUAUGGAUCACAGGUAUUCAUAUAAGUUAAGUAUCAUUUUCUUAUGGCAGAUAUUUAUUUUUAACCUGAUGAAUAUCGGAAGCGGUAUGCAAUUCAUUGGAUAAAGCAACGGUCGCCUGCGCUUCUGAGGUAGUAAGGGUUAAUGGUAUUUAAGUAAAAUAAAAACAACUUUUAAAAAAAGCACUUUUAAAUGUCAAUAACAAUGAUCAAAGAUAUAUCAAAGAAAAGCUGGCUAGAAAAUAAGAAAGUUGUGGAGGAAAAAAGUGUGUGUAUUAUACAC